AUGGGCUUCUGCCUGGCUCUGGCAUGGACACUCCUGGUUGGGCCAUGGAUACCCACUGGAGCUCAGAACCCCAUUUCCUGGGAGGUGCAGCGAUUUGAUGGAUGGUACAACAACCUCAAAGAGCACAGAUGGGGCAGCAAAGGCUCUCGGCUGCGGCGCCUGGUCCCGGCCACCUAUGCAGAUGGCGUGUACCAGCCCCUGGGAGAACCCCACCUGCCUAAUCCCCGCGACGUCAGCAACACGGCCAUGCGGGGCCCUGCCGGGCAGGCCUCCCUGCAGAACCGCACAGUGCUGGGCGUCUUCUUCGGCUACCACGUGCUCUCGGACCUGGUGAGCACAGAGCGGCCCGGCUGCCCCGCCGAGUUCCUCAACAUCCGGGUCCCACCCGGAGACCCCGUGUUCGACCCCCACCGGCGCGGGGACGUGGUGCUGCCCUUCCAGAGGAGCCGCUGGGACCCCAAGACCGGACAGAGCCCCAGCAACCCCCGGGACCUGACCAACGAGGUGACGGGCUGGCUGGACGGCAGCGCCAUCUAUGGCUCCUCGCACUCCUGGAGCGACGCGCUGCGCAGCUUCUCCGGGGGGCAGCUGGCGGCGGGGCCCGACCCCGCCUUCCCGCGGGGCGCGCAGGAGCCGCUGCUCAUGUGGAGCGCGCCCGACCCCGCCACGGGCCAGCGCGGGCCGCGGGGGCUGCUCGCCUUCGGGGCAGAGCAAGGGAACCGCGAGCCCUUCCUGCAGGCUCUGGGCCUUCUCUGGUUCCGCUUCCACAACCUGUGCGCCCAGAGGCUGGCCCGCCGCCACCCGCGUUGGGGCGACGAGGAGCUGUUCCAGCACGCGCGCAAGAGGGUCAUCGCCACCCUCCAGAACAUUGCUCUGUAUGAGUGGCUGCCCAGCUUCCUGCAGAAAACACCCCCAGAAUACACAGGGUACCGCCCUUUCCUGGACCCCAGCAUCUCUCCAGAGUUCCUGGUGGCCUCUGAACAGUUCCUCUCCACCAUGGUGCCCCCUGGCGUCUACAUGAGAAAUGCCAGCUGCCACUUCCAGAGGGUCAUCCAUCGGAAUUCCAGUGCCUCCAGAGCUCUCCGUGUCUGCAACAGCUAUUGGAGCCGAGGGGACCCAAAUCUACAACGAGCUGAAGAUGUAGACGCGCUGCUGCUGGGCAUGGCCUCCCAGAUUGCCGAACAAGAAGACCAUGUGGUGGUGGAGGAUGUGCGAGAUUUCUGGCCCGGGCCUCUGAAGUACUCCCGCACAGACUACUUGGCCAGCAGCCUGCAGCGGGGCCGGGACCUGGGCCUGCCCUCUUACACCAAGGCCAGGGAAGCACUGGGCCUGCCUCCCAUUACCAGAUGGCAGGACAUCAACCCUGCACUCUCCCUGAGUCAUGGCACCGUGCUGGAAGCCACCGCUGCCCUGUACAACCAGGACCUGUCCCUGCUGGAGCUGCUCCCCGGAGGGCUCCUGGAGAGCCUCGGGAACCCCGGGCCCCUCUUCAGCGCCAUAGUCCUCGACCAGUUUGUGCGUCUGCGGGAUGGUGACCGUUACUGGUUUGAGAACACCAGGAAUGGACUCUUCUCUGAGGACGAGAUCGCAGAGAUCAGAAACACAUCCCUCAGGGAUGUGCUGGUGGCUGUCACCAACGUGGACCCCAGUGCCCUGCAGCCCAAUGUCUUUUUCUGGCAUGCGGGAGACCCCUGCCCUCAGCCAGGACAACUCAGCACGGAGGGCCUGCCUGCCUGUGUUCCCCCCGUCAUGCGGGACUACUUCAAGGGCAGUGGAGUUGGCUUCGGGAUCACCAUUGGGACCCUCUGCUGCUUCCCGCUGGUGAGCCUGCUUGUUGCCUGGAUUGUUGCCCGGCUCCGGAGGAGAAAUUUCAAGAAGCUCCAGGGCCAGGACUGCAAAAGCAUCAAGUCUGAGAAGUUCGUGGAGGGCGUGGAAGCGUUGGAAUGGCAGGGCCGCAAGGACCCCUGCCGGCCUGUGCUUGUGCACCUGCAACCCGGGCAGGUCCGCGUCCUGGACUGCAGGCUCUCUGUGCUGCGCACCAUUCAGCUGCGGCCCCCGCAGAAGGUCAACCUCAUCCUUUCCAACAACCGGGGACGCCGCACCCUGCUGCUCAAGAUCCCCAAGGAGUAUGACCUGGUGCUGCAGUUUAACCUGGAGGAAGAGCGGCAGGCGCUGGUGGAGAACCUCCGGGCGGCCCUGAAGGAGAGUGGGCUGAGCUUCCAGGAGUGGGAGAUGCGGGAGCAGGAGCUGAUGAGGGCGGCCGUGACCCGGGAGCAGCGGAGCCACCUCCUGGAGACCUUUUUCAGGCACCUUUUCUCCCAGGUGCUGGACAUCGACCAGGCAGACGCAGGGACCCUGCCCCUGGACUCAUCUCAGAAGGUGCAGGAGGCCCUGACAUGUGAGCUCAGCAGGGUCGAGUUUGCCGAGUCCCUGGGCCUCAAGCCCCAGGACAUGUUUGUGGAGUCCAUGUUCUCUCUGGCUGACAAAGAUGGCAACGGCUACCUGUCCUUCCGGGAGUUCCUGGACAUCCUGGUGGUCUUCAUGAAAGGAUCCCCUGAGGAGAAGUCCCGCCUUAUGUUCCGCAUGUACGACUUUGAUGAGAAUGGUCUCAUUUCCAAGGGCGAGUUCAUCAGGAUGCUGAGGUCCUUCAUCGAGAUCUCCAACAACUGCCUGUCCAAGGCCCAGCUGGCGGAGGUGGUGGAGUCCAUGUUCCGGGAGUCGGGCUUCCAGGACAAGGAGGAGCUGACAUGGGAGGACUUCCACUUCAUGCUGCGGGACCACGACAGUGAGCUCCGCUUCACACAGCUCUGCGUCAAAGGAGUGGAGGUGCCUGAAGUCAUCAAGGAUCUCUGCCGGAGAGCCUCCUACAUCAGCCAGGAUCAGCUCUGCCCCUCUCCCAGAGUGAGCGCUCGCAGUUCCCGCAGUGAUGUGGAGACGGAGCGGACACCACAGAGACUGCCGUGCCCCAUGGACACCGAUCCUCCCCAGGAGCUUCGACGGAGGUUUGGCAAGAAGGUGACGCUGUUUCAGCCGCUGCUGUUCACCGAGGCCCACCGGCAGAAGUUCCAGCGCAGCCGGCGCCACCAGACCGUGCAGCAGUUCAAGCGCUUCAUCGAGAACUACCGGCGCCACAUCGGCUGCGUGGCCGUCUUCUACGCGGUGGCCGCGGGCCUCUUCCUGGAGCGGGCCUACUACUACACCUUUGCCUCGCCACCCUCGGGCAUCGCCCAGACCACCUUUGUGGGCAUCAUCCUGUCGCGGGGCACCGCCGCCAGCAUCUCCUUCAUGUUCUCCUACAUCCUGCUCACCAUGUGCCGCAACCUCAUCACCUUCCUGCGGGAGACCUUCCUCAACCGCUACGUGCCCUUUGACGCCGCCGUGGACUUCCACCGCCUCAUCGCCUCCACGGCCAUCGUGCUCACAGUGUUACACAGCGCAGGCCACGUGGUGAACGUGUACCUGUUCUCCAUCAGCCCGCUCAGCAUCCUCUCCUGCCUCUUCCCUGGCCUCUUCCACGAUGAUGGGUCCGAGUUCCCCCAGAAAUAUUACUGGUGGUUCUUCCAGACCGUGCCAGGCCUCACGGGGGUUAUUAUGCUCCUGGUCCUGGCCAUCAUGUACGUCUUCGCCUCCCACCACUUCCGGCGCCGCAGCUUCCGGGGCUUCUGGCUGACCCACCACCUCUACAUCCUGCUCUACAUCCUGCUCAUCAUCCAUGGCAGCUUCGCUCUGAUCCAGCUGCCCCGUUUCCACAUCUUCUUCCUGAUCCCUGCACUCAUCUACGGGGGGGACAAGCUGGUGAGCCUGAGCCGGAAGAAGGUGGAGAUCAGCGUGGUGAAGGCCGAGCUGCUGCCUUCAGGAGUGACCCACCUGCAGUUCCAGCGGCCCCAGGGCUUUGAGUACAAGUCGGGACAGUGGGUGCGGAUCGCCUGCCUGGCUCUGGGGACCACCGAGUACCACCCCUUCACACUGACUUCCGCGCCCCAUGAGGACACGCUCAGCCUGCACAUCCGGGCGGCAGGGCCCUGGACCACUCGCCUCAGGGAGAUCUACUCACCCCAGACCGACGGCUCUGCCAGUUACCCGAAGCUGUACCUCGACGGACCAUUCGGAGAGGGCCAUCAGGAGUGGCAUAAGUUUGAGGUGUCAGUGCUGGUGGGAGGGGGCAUUGGGGUCACCCCCUUUGCCUCCAUCCUCAAAGACCUGGUCUUCAAGUCGUCAGUCAGCUACCAAGUGUUCUGUAAGAAGAUCUACUUCAUCUGGGUGACGCGGACCCAGCGGCAGUUCGAGUGGCUGGCUGACAUCAUCCGGGAGGUGGAGGAGAACGACCACCAGGACCUGGUGUCCGUGCACAUCUACAUCACCCAGCUGGCGGAGAAGUUCGACCUCAGGACCACCAUGCUGUACAUCUGUGAGCGGCACUUCCAGAAGGUGCUGAACCGGAGUCUGUUCACGGGCCUGCGCUCCGUCACCCACUUUGGUCGCCCCCCCUUUGAGCCCUUCUUCAACUCCCUGCAGGAGGUUCACCCACAGGUCCGGAAGAUCGGGGUGUUUAGCUGUGGCCCCCCUGGCAUGACCAAGAAUGUGGAAAAAGCCUGUCAGCUCAUCAACAGGCAGGACCGGACUCAUUUCUCCCACCAUUACGAGAACUUCUAG